GGUGAGCCAGAACCUGUUCCGAAAGCUUAGUGAUGGUCAUCUUCAGAAAUGUUCUGGAAAGUUAAUUACUCUUGUCAGGUUAUUAUGCUGUAAUGCUUAGAGCGUGUUACAGAGACCAAACAUCCACUCCUCAGUGGGUGAAGCGUACGCUGUCGUGUUCAGAUGGGAACGGGAGCUUUCUUUGUGUCCUUGUGCGCGUUGGCUUCCUGCAGUCAGUGUAGAUGCCAUAAACAUCAGGGCUUAGAGCGUUUAACUUCAGUCCGGCUCGCCGGAAGGUCUUGGAGCUCAUCUCUGCAGGGUACGAGCCCUGGAAUCCCAGCCUUGGUUUUGCACCUCUGGGAGACGGGCGAGAGUCGGAGUGAGGGAAAGCACCAUGGUUUUCUGUGCCUUAGCAACAGCGGCUCGCGCUGGGCGGCCGUUUGCUUUCCCCUGGAAUGCAGAUGCGCGGCUGUGGGCUUGGCUUGAGUUGCCAGGAGAAUAACUGAAAGCGGUGGGGAGUCUGUGGCCAAGCCAGGGUUGCUUUCAGCAGCCCAUCGAGAAUGGCCGCGCUCGAGCGUUGCAGGUGAGUUCUCGCUGCAGAACUACAAACGUACAAGAGUUGGUCGAGAGUCCUGCGGUGUUUUCCGGUGCCUUGGACAGGCUGUUGUGUCUCUGGAAAGCCAGAAGAUACCAAAGAGCGUGGGAGUUAAAGUCCGGGUACGUAGAAGGUUGCAGCGAGAAGUCAGAAGCGAUUCUUCAGCUCUCAUACCUGUACUGACUUUGGCGGGGUCUGUCUUUGGCCAAAUUUGUUGAAGGGUACAUUUUUUUUUUUAAUGGUAUCAAUGUCCAAAAAAGCAGGCUUUUCGGUGGUGGUGCUUUGGGGCUUGAAGCCUUUGGGUGACAAAAAGCACAAUUAAGCGUGCCUGUGUAGCUGUUAGAGGUGACUGAAGUUUUGCCAUCGUCUGUAGUAGCUCAUCUUGAAAAGUUUUGUCAUAAUUUUGAUUUGCUGUAACAUUUAUUUCAGUCUCAAAGAUUUUGAUAGCUCCUUCAAGGAACAUCAGCACGAGCUUUUCGGGGGUGUUACGCACCGAAUGCACUAUAUCCCUUUAUCCUUCACAUCUUUUUUUCAACCUUGAGCACCUUUUAGAGAUUAUUAAUAAUAAGCUAGUACUGUGGCUUUUAAGAACGGGAAGAAGUCUUUUAGUUGAACAUAUCUAAAUGCAAUUAAAAAAAAAUUCGAACUGCUCAAGUUGUGUAUCGGGAGAAGUGUAAGGAAAGCCAAUGUUAAGUUUGCUGGCAGCAUGGAAGGGCAGCCUGCUUCUGCGAAGUGGUACGACCGAAGGGACUAUGUCUUUAUUGAAUUUUGUGUUGAAGACAGUAAAGAUGUUAAUGUAAAUUUUGAAAAAUCCAAACUUACGUUCAGUUGUCUUGGAGGAAGUGAUAACUUUAAACAUUUAAACGAAAUUGACCUUUUUAAUAAUAUUGAUCCAAAUGAAUCAAAGCAUAAAAGAACAGACAGAUCUAUCUUGUGUUGUUUACGAAAAGGAGAAUCUGGUCAGGCAUGGCCAAGGUUAACAAAAGAGAGGGCGAAGCUCAACUGGCUCAGUGUGGACUUCAACAACUGGAAAGACUGGGAAGACGAUUCAGAUGAAGACAUGUCCAAUUUUGAUCGCUUUUCUGAGAUGAUGAACAACAUGGGUGGAGAUGAUGACGUAGACUUGCCAGAAGUAGAUGGGGCAGAUGAUGACUCACCAGACAGUGAUGAUGAAAAAAUGCCGGAUCUGGAGUAAGGAAAACUGUCGUCUUCAGGGUUUGGGGAAAGAACUUCAUCACAACAUUUCAUAAUUGAGAUAAGAAUUCCUGAGUUGAUAGCCCUAAAGGGAGAUCCUGCAUCCUUUAACCCAUUUUCAGUCCAUUUUAAAUGGCUUCACUGAUGGUAGGUGUGUACCAUUGCACGGGGCGGUCUUAAGCCACGAGAGGCAAUAACGUUAUGCAUGAACCGUUUCCAGACUUCCAAAAAGAAAAAACACAAACAAAACAAAAAACCCAAUUGAGGUGUAGGCAAUUGAUACAGAGCAGUCGCAAUAAAGUUUACGGAGCCUCCUUGCCUCGUAGUGGAUGUAAUUACAAUGGGCGAAUCCCGAAUUCACACCGAGUGGUCAUUGAGCAUUUUUUUUCCUCCCCCCCCCCCCCCCCCCCCCCCCCCCCCCCCCCCGCGGCCUGAAAUUGUACGUUUGUACCGGGAACAAAACUGGCUGAAACAAGGCUGAUGUCAUUGGCUCUCAAAACUCGGCAGGUGACGCGCAGUACCGCUGUGGUGUCUUCGGGUCUGGUCCACUAAAGUUUGUCUCAGAAACAAAACAAAACGAAGCUUCUCCUCCUGUGUGUCGAGGCCGAGGCGCGUGGCUGGCGCCUGUCCCUGGUACCGUCCCCUCUCCUCCGGGGCGCGAGCGGCUGUACAUUGUUGCUUGUCGAUCUGUACGUUUAGACCAAAUCGUAUUUGCACUGUGGGUAUGGAAGCGAGUGACAGACCGUUGGGCGGCUUCGAACCGGGCUGAAAAACCUCAAUUUAUGUUCAGAGCAGCGGGGAUUUUUUUAAUGUCUACAUUCUUUCUAAUAAACUGUUGAAGACUC